AUGUCGGAGAACACGGUUUGCCAUGCACAGCUACCACAGCUGCAGUCGUCUACAUCCAACCAAACAGUGCUCAAACACAGACGUAGCUUAGAAGACCAGCUGGUCAACCAGAAGUUGGAUGUGAGUACAGUGAUGCUGUUGAGAUUCCAGAAGCCAGAUUCCCAGAGAAAUGAUGCCAGACGGGCAUCCCAACCAUGUGUUGCUGCGACAAGCACCAACUACAAGACAAAUGGGUUCCUGAGUUCUGAUGCCAUGCAAACUUCUACCAUUGGUCCAGUCCCCUUGAUCAAGACGAGCUUGAUGUUGGGGUAUGACCAGGAAUCGGGUAGCAUGAGCGCUGGUCUUCGAACAGAACAGAAAGGAGUUCCAUGCCAUGUGGAAAUCUUGAAGGCCUAUGCCAGUGGCUUGGAUCUCACGCCGGCAGAUAUCUACAUCUUUGUGGAUGUGCUGCCCAACAGGCAUUGUGAGUUUGGAAGGGCUGCAGUGGCUAGCAUCCUUGACAGCACCUUGCCCCAGCUCCGCUACAUGGGCUAUGUGAAAAAAGAUUUCUUCUCGAAGGUCCAUGAAGCCAUUUCUUCAACCAUCUACACCCAUUGGGAUGCUUCCAGGGAAUCAGGGCCCCAGCAGCGCCCCCGAGAAAGUGGAUCAGUCGGUCCUCUUGGUCUCAAAGUCCUGGCAGUCAGCGCAAGUGGCCAAGUGGUUUGGCCUGACUCUCUUUUGAGUGGGUACCCUUCCAACAGUGCUGAGUACAAAGCCCUUGAAGCCAAGCGUGCGGCUUUUUUGGAGAUGUGCCCCCAGGUUCAAACUUCAUCCCAGCAAACCACGGUGAGAUCAACUGCACGCCCGGACUUUAGCAUUGAAGGAGGGAAGGAGCCAUUGGACCACACCAGGAUGGUGGACCUAGCUGGGAUUCCUGCUGGUGACUUCACUGGUGAAAGGCAGGGUCCAAAUUGUUUCACUCAAAAAUAA